AUGGGAGCGACUUACGCCAACGUCGCGUUGCUCGGCCUUGUCCUGGCCGUGGCGGCCGCGCUGCUGGCGUGCCAGUGCGCGGCGCAGGCUCCAUCUGGUGGCGGCGGCGGCUCUGGGUGCAUGCCGGAGCUCGUGAGCCUGUCGCCGUGCAUGGGCUACAUGUCAGGCAACGCGACGGCGCCCGGGGAGCCGUGCUGCGCGGCGGUGUCCGGCGUGCUGCGGUCCAGCCCGCGGUGCCUCUGCGCGGUGCUUGGCGGCACGGCGGCCACGCUCGGCGUGGCCGUGGACGGCGCCCGCGCGCUGCAGAUGCCCGCGGCGUGCAAGGUCCAGGCCCCGCCCGCCAGCCAGUGCGACGGUAACUUCCAAUAG